AUGUCAGAUGUCCUGGUCAUUCGCCUGGAGGAGGCCCACGGCGAGCUGGCGCAGACACGCGACACGCUGGCGCUGGUGCGUGCCGCGCUGGGCCGCGUCGACGGCACCGACCCGGUGUCGGCAGCGCUGCUAGAGGCGGAGGCGGCGCUGGGCCCGGCCGGCGGUGUGGAGGGCUCGGCCGCUGGCGCCGCGCCGCCGCCGGCCGACGCCGAGGCUCGGUUCGUGUCGGCCGCCGGCCGGCUAACCAGUCGCCUGCUGCUGGCCGUGCAGCGGCUGUACCGUGCGCAAGAGGAGCUGGACGCCGCGCUGCUACCGGGCGAUCCGCAGCAGGGUCUGCUGGGUGUCCGGAUUGAUGAGAGUUUGCAGCGCGCCGUCGCCGGUCUGGACGCGAGGCGCGUGGUCAGCAGUCUGGCGGCCGUUUGCCGGCCGCUGGUCGGCGCCGACAUCAGCGACGAGCAGGCCGCCCGCAUGAUCACGCUGCUGUCCCAGCUGGUGCCGCUGCUGAACCAGUACCACCACCUGUGCACGUUCGUGCUGGUUCACCAGAUGGCCGCGUACCGGUCGGCGACCAAGCUGCUCACUGUGCUGCUCAAGCUGUUCACGAUCAUGGCGCAGAAGGGCUUCUGCACGCCCGAAGACAUGCAGGACGAGCCGGAUGACUCGGAGGCGGGCACCGAGUUCAAGGACAUCCAGGACGGCGGCCUGGGCGAAGGCGAGGGCUCCAAGGACGUCUCGGACAAGCUGGAGUCGGAGGACCAGCUGGAGGGCGCCUACAAGCCAGGCGAGCAGCCUGAGGACGCCAAUGAGGACGUCAAGGAGGAGGAGCAAGGUGUGGAGAUGUCCGAGGACUUUGGCGGUAAGAUGCAGGACGUCGAGAAGAAGGAGGGCGACGACGACAGUGACGAGAGUGACCAUGAGGGGGACGAGGAGCCGGACAAGCAGAUGGGCGAGGUCGACGGGGAGGACCAGGAGAGACUCGACGAGAAGGCUCUGCGGGCCAGCAACCGGCUGCUGGCUCUGCGGGCCGGCGACUGGCUGCUGGUGGACAACGUCAACUUCUGCCCGGCCUCGCCGGGCGGCGUGCUGGAGCUGAGCGAGCGGGGCGUGAUCGAUGGCCUGGUACCCACCGUCCGGCCGCACCCUCACUUCCGGCUGCUGCUGGCCAUGGACCCGCGCCACGGCGAGAUCUCCAGGGCGAUGCGGAACCGCGGCGUCGAGAUCUACAUGCUGGGCCCGGAGGAGGGCGGCGGGCUGAGGACCAGCGGCCAUCUGCGGCGCUCCCUGACUGCUCAGCGCAGGGACCAGCGGCCAUCUGUGGCGCCCCCUGACUGCUCGGCGCAGGGGCUAGCGGCCAUCUGUGGCGCCCUCUGA